AGACAUUUUAUUCGUUUGCGGACCGUCAAUACUAAAUCAUCGUUUAAAGUUUCUUUUACAAUUUAAAAAGUUUUUUUCCAAAUUUUCUGUAUAAUUCGAAUUAAAAAAAUAAAUAAAAAAAAAGUUUAAAAAUAAUUAUUAUUAUUUUCAUCGUGGAAAGUGGUGACAAAAACUUGGAAUCAACAAAAAAAAAAAUAGUCAGUCAGCUUAGAAGAGCGUUUACAUUUAGUGGAAUUUUUGGGAGAAGAAAAUUAUAUUAAAAAAAAAUAAAAAAAAAAUAAAAUGAGACAACCAAUACCAAAAAUGUCGGCCCUUGUGGCAUCGGCGAUUCGAAGUCUUCGUGAAACUCGCGGAUCUACUGCCAAGGAUAUCAUGAAUUAUAUCAUUUCAGAACAUCGCGCAGGGGAUGCUGCAAUUCAACGUCAGCUGAAUGCAGCCCUAAAACGAGGAAUGGAAUACGGAAUUUUGAGACGAGUCAAGGGCCAUUAUACCUUAAAUCCCGAUCCAUUUGGCGUGAAUCCAUACACAAUGAUUCCAGAGGAAAAGGGUAUGAGAAAAAGAAGGCGUCGCAAGGGUUCGCGUCGCAUGCGUAAAGGACGUCGCGGUCGUGGCGCACGUCGUUCACGUCGUUCACGUCGCGGACGGGGCGGUCAUCGCAGAACAACAGCGGCGACAACACGAAAAAUUAUCACAAAACCAGAACGUCGUCCUGGAAUUUUGGCGCGCAAUAAUAAAAAAAUAACAAUUAACAACAAUAAUAAUAAAGACAACAAUAAGGACAACAACGACAAUAACAAAAAUAAUAAUAAUAAUAACAACAACAACAAUGCCCGACGUCUACGAAGAAUGGAUGAGGAUGAAUUAAAUGAUAAAUAUUCAAAUGAAAUGGCGCCAAUUGAACGAAUGCAUGUCGAUCAUCAUGAUCAUGAUCAUCAUAAUCAUAAUGAUGAUCAGGAUUAUCAAGAUCUUGAGGAAGAUCGUCCUCCUGCGAACGUUGAAAUUCCCAGGCGAACAUCUACCAUCAAUAAUAAUAAUAAUAACAACAACAACAACAGCAGUAACAACAAGGAACGUGAACGCAGUCGAAGUAAAAGCCGACGAUCACAAAGUCAACCGCGACAACAAACGAGACAGGAAACUCCUCCUGCUCGAAGUCCAAGUCGAUCUUCAGAGAGUAGCGAUCGCGAAGAUCAAGAUGAUAAUCGUCAAGAUGAUUAAAUAUCGAUUUCAAAAAAAAUUUAUACAAAAAAUGUCGACAAGGAUAUUACAAAAAUAUUGCCAAAUCUUUUUAGUAUUUUUUCAAUUUUUGAUAAAUUUUUUUUUUAUUUUUAUUAUUUUUGUAAAAAAAAAAUAUUUUCUGAUAUUUUUGUUAAAUAUUCUGUCGUUAUUUUGGUAAAUUAUCUCACGAUAUUUAAUUUAGAAAUCGGGGGAAAAAAUGUGAGAUUUGUAGGAAAAAUAAUUUUCUGUUGACAGUUUUUUUUUUUUUUCGUUGAUUGUGUCAAGUUUUUUUUUUUUUGUAGUUUUUCAAUUGUGGCAAAUGUAUCAAAAUUUUCUAGUUAUUUAAAAAUAUAAAAAUUUACAUUUAAA